AUGGCUGCCCCAGCAGAGAUGACCACCCUCGACAUGAGCGGGCACUUCACCAUGAACACCUCGCUCAGCGACGACUUCGACACCAUCCUCCGGCUCCAGGGCGUCGGCUGGUUCACACGCAAGGCAAUCGGCCUCUCCACCCUCCACCUCCACUACAGCCACUACACCGAGCCCGCCCCCGACGCCCCCGCCCUAGAGUACCUCGACGUCGCCCAGUCCCUCAGCGGCGGCAUCGGCGGCACCUGCGAGCCCCGCGUGCUCGACUGGGCCCUCCACCCGUACGAGGACGACGUCUUUGGCCCAGUCGUCUUCCGCUCCCGCCGCCUCCACCUGCGCGCCCCCCCGGACGGGUUCGACCUCGGCGCGUUCCUCCUCGAUGGCUGGGCGGAGGACGUGCACGUGCACGGCGCCGUGUACACCAUCGCGGAGAGCGCCGCCGCCCGCGGCGGACGCGCGUGGCGCGCAGUGCAGGUGUGGGGGUUCAAGGACGUCAACGGCGAGCGGCGGCACGCCCGCCACAUCGACUUCACCGGGCCCCAGGGCGAGAGGGUGCUGACGAAGCUCGUGUAUGACUACCACGGCCCCGUCCGCGCAUGA